UGUGUGACCACAGACCAAGUAGCAGCUCUGUAUUAUAUUCAGUGUUACAAAAAAGUGAAAAAUUUAGUAAAGUCAAGUUUUUAAUUAUUCUUUUUGAGAAUUGGCGCGCAAAAUCCCGCCAAAAAAUGAGCAAUUGGUAUUAUGGCGGACCUCCUCAGGCUCGCCGAGGCGCCCUCUCAAAUUCACUACUGAAACGUCGUAAACGUAGAAAAAUGGCCGCCGAGACGGAGAAGGAAGAAGCACAAAACCUUCAAAUAGAAUUUGAAUGGAUUCUACACGAGGAGGUACAUGCAGUGCUAAAGCAAUUGCACUCAAUCCUUGUGGAAUGUGCCAGGCGGUUUCCUGUGCCCUUAUAUGACAAUGAGGGCAAGAAGCAGGACAAGUUCGUGCUAACAGUGCCUCAGGAUCAGCUGAAGUGCGUGGUGACACUCACGGGAGAUGCUAUCACGCACGCAGACAUCAGCUUCAAGGUACAGAGGCAGCAGCAGAGUCAUCAGAAUCAACGGACGAGCAUUAAUCAGGACUCUCCAUGGAAACUGCAACAGGUCCAGGAUGCAGCUAAUCACCUUCAGCAAGCUAUCAAUCACAUUGACAACGUUGAUGAUAGUUACACAUUCAAGACAUCGGAUGAAGUUCUCCAUGUCUUGGGAAAUAUUUUAGGCGCUCUUCAGCGCGGUAGAACGAGUCUCGUGAUCCCAAAGAAAAAAUCCAUUGAUGAAUUGAUGAAGAGUAGAAAUAUGAAAUCCCUGUCGCCUAAUCUUCCGGAAGAUCUCGCAAUUAGUUUCUAUCUCCAGAGCCACAAGCUUAUCUUUGCUGUGUAUCAGCUAACCAAUAUCCAGGGUACCAUGAAGUUCGAUUCGUAUCAGGGCGAGUGUUCGGUACCAUGGCUCAAUGAGGUCCUUGUUCUCUUCACAGUAUCUCUUCAGCUCUGUCAACAACUCAAAGACAAGGUAAGUCACUCAACAAUUCCAAUUAUUUUGAUUUUGUGAGCAAUUAAUUCGAGGGAGAAUGAAUUGGUGUUUAUUGUUGCGAAUAAAGUGGAUGCGGUGUCGAGAAGAAUAAACAGUUUUAGAGAGAGAGUAAUAUUUAUGUGAAGAAGAAUUAUACUCCAUUUCAAACAAUUCUCUUUUAGAGACAAUUUAUUGAUAAAGUAUUGUUGACAGCUAAUUUAUUUAGAAAUUGUUUAGCUGUGAGAAAUGAAUGACUAUUUUUGUGAUAAUGGUUAAUAGAAAAAUUGAGUAGAUUGGAUGAAUUGGCAUUGAUAUUUUAUGAACAUUAAAAUAUGUCAGAAAAUGAUGGAUUUAUCGCUUAUUUUUUGGCAGCUAUAGAUAUGAUUUGAUUGCAACAUAAGGGCUUAAAAAUCAUAAAGAUUUGUUAGUUAGAAACCGUAGACUCUCUCACAAUCGGGCAUAUGAGGCAAAAUGUCAUCCAAAUUAUCGAGAGAUUUGGGCAUAAAAAUCAUUGUAAAUUCCACAAAAAGCGCUCAAAUAUAAAGAAUCACGAUAAAACAAGAGGAACUACAGCGAAUUUGAAGAAAUUUGCUUUAAAAUCAAACGUGAAAAUUGUCAACAAAAUUUUGCGCCCGAUUGAAAAAGAGCCGAUUGAGCGAGAGUCUACUGUACACUGAGAAAAAAAGAGGGUGCGAUUAACUUUUUUUCCUCAUAACUUUAACACUUUUUAGGUGUAAAAAUAUAGCAACAUUUUUUAAUGUUAAUUUUACACCUUUUUAAAUGUAAAAUUAACAUGAAAAAGAGUAACUUUAACCCCUAAUACACCUAAAAAGGGUAAUAUUUACACCGAUUUCGAAUCAAAUACUGCAGGGUAAAAUUAACAUUUCUGGAAUGUUAUUUUAACUUUUUCGGAUUUCUCUCACUCAGUGUAGGAGAAAUUAAUUUACAAAAUUGAAAGCAUUCUCUAAGAGAAGAGAAAAGAAGAGAGCAAUACUAUAAAAACUCGAUUUGACUUGGUUACUGAUUUCUAAGGACCUCAAUAGACUCGAGCUAAUCCUCGAGAAUAUCAAACCUGUACAAUUUGGCAAUAAAUUUAAACACAAAUUUACAUUGAUGGUUUAGGAUCAUCGUUUAGAAGUCAUUUCCAUAAAUUUUCUUUACCUAAUCCGUUACUGCCAAAUUUUAAAAACUAAAUAUCCUGGAGACAUUCAGGAAUGUCUGAGACAUUCAGAAUUUGGGUUUUGAGAAAAAAUACAUGCUUCAGUUUUGCGUCUCCUGUGAUUUCUAACCUUUGAUAACCUUUCAUAUUUUUUACAGAUCAUUUUUGACAUUUACAGACAGAUUAUGAUUUUUGUUUCGAAAGUACGUCUGUCUGGCCAGCAUUGUUUUCUAUAAUAGAAAUGUAUCUAAAGUCAAAAUGAUAAAAAAAAAAAUUGACUUAUGCCGGCUUCAGACUGGAGGUUUAGCCCAGUUCCCGAAAGUCUCAAAAAUCUAAAUAACAAGCAAUUUUAUUGAGUUUUCAAAAUCUAAUAAAUCAUUUUCCCUUGUAAUCCAAUCCUAAACAACAAUUUUCUAAAAAAAUCCUGCCUGAUUAGGAAUUAGGGGAGUUAAGCCAGAUGGCUAAGUCUUAGGUCUGAAGCCCGCCUUACGAUUUUUCAGUUAAGAGGUUACGUUUGUCUUGCAGACUCAAAAAAACAGUAGGGGAGACUGGGGCAAAAAGUAACAAAACGGAUAUUUUAUUUUUUACAAGCUACCCUAGCGCCCCAGAAAUUUCUAAUUAGUGCAGUUUUAUAGGAAAUUUACUCCUCUAUAACUUUGUGAAAGUAAUUUUCCUCUAUUUUGUAAGGAAAUACAUUUAUAACGAGCUGUUUUCUAAAAGGUACUUUUGUGACCAUUCUCAAAAAUUCUGGGCAAAUAGUACCAGGCAUGGGAUAUUAUCACAUUUUGAUUUGCUUUAUUACAAGCUUUCGAAAAUUAAAAAAAAAAUAGCUAGGUGACAUAUUUUCAUAGGAAAUUUAUUCCUCUACACCAUUUUAAAACACAAUUUUCUCUAUCUGAACGAGAAAAGCGCUUUUCAAGCUAUUUAAAAAAAAACACACACACAAGGGACUGCUAAUCGUUUGACCCGUCUGACCAAUGCAAAAAUGACAUUUCUUCUCGCCGUGAGACUUUAGAAAUUGCUUCAGUCUUUGUUACUUUUUGCUCCAUAUCUUUUGUUACUUUUUACCCCAAGUGGUAAUUUUUAAUAAAAGGAUUUCUGGAGAAAAAAAUCUUUGUAAAAUUCUAGAACAGAUAGUGGUUUCGUAUUCAAAGAAUUCAAAUCAUUUAGGAAAUAUUUAUCAGUGUAUUAAUUUUGGAAAAUAAGUGGGUCAAAAUUGAUAUCUGUUGUAAGGAAAACAUUUUAAAAAUACGGCUAAAAAUUUCAAUAUUUUUUCUUUUCUGAAUUCCUUUUUCGAAUUCUAAGAAACUUACGACUUUGAAGAAGGUCUAUGGAGGCCAAAACCUUGUUGAGUUGCUCCUGAGGAAAAACUUGACAUAUUACACACAUCUGACAAACUAUUUUCUUGGCAUAUUUUUUCAACUAAAUAAAAUUUAAUUCGAGCUCUUAAUCAUUUAAAAGUAUAACAUUUUAACUUUAUUUUCUGAAAUUUUCAUUUCAAAAUUUUAAAAAUUCAGCCGUAGGGACCUUAUUUUUGGA